CGGAAUGAAGCACACAAAGAAAAUGAUAAUGAUACCUGAGAUUGAAUAUCUUACACUACUUAAGAUGAUAAAAGGUAAAUCUGAUUUUAUGCACACCGAGAAGGCACAAACUGACGCUAUGAUAAAGGAUACUCUUGAAGAUCCAAAAAUAAAUGAAGAAACGCGUGCUAAAAAAUAUAAUUUGUUGUAUAAUCAAAGAUGA